UAAAUAUACCCUAAAGGGUCCAGUGUUAGGACACAUUUAGCACAAAAACAUUCAUCAUUUUUUAAAAACACAACAAAUGUCCCUUAGCAGCUCUUACAUGAUGGAUUAAAGAAACAGGCGGUACCAGAAAUUUACUGUAAAAGCAUACUUUCACAACAAACGUCAUUAUAAAAGCUGCUCGUGUGUUACUUAGUGAGAGUGAGUGAGAAAAAAUGUUAGAUAUGCAAACUCGAGGACAUUUGGGGGGCGAAACAAUAACUAUAAAGCAUCAGCGCUGUAGUCCCAAAAGCUGCAGUUCAUCUAGUGUCCAGCAGAGGCUCCAGCGUGAGUCAGCCCCCAUAGACUCCCAUGUUAAAACUUUGAGAAAUAAACAUGUUUACAGCCUGAUACACAAACAAUAAUUUCCACCUUAAUUACAGCUAUAUUAAAGUUUUGUUACGCAAUAAGAGGAAGUCAAAGAGGAAUGUACAGAAGGAGAGUACCUCUAUAUGCAGCUGACACAGUUUUACAUGGUGGAGAACAGAGACUAACAGUUUAUCAGGGGUUCGUUUCAGGAGGCAGAGACAAAUGAUUAUUGGGGGCGUGGCCUCUGUGACUGACAGUUGGAUGGUGACACAGACAGCUGUAGCUGCUAGCUUCGUGUUUGUGCUGCUGGAGCCUUUUUAAUGACAUCAUGUGACCAAUAACAUGGCUGCUGUGAGGUCACUGUACUAACAGUGUCUGUAACUCCACCCUCUUGUUCUAAUAGGUCUCUUCUGUCUUGGCAGCAAAAAUGUCCAUCAUUUAUAUACAGGUAAUGCUGGCUCAGCGGCUGAGCGUGCACACUUUAUGACGUGUUUUAUUGCAGGUGUAACACACAUGAGCGUGACCUACCGGAGCUUAGUUCCGGUGUUUUUCCCGGUUUAGUAAAGGACCUUUACUUGACUUUUACUUGAAUCACCCUGAGGAGCAGCAGCAGUCCUCGGAAGCCUCCGUCUCCUACGCACGCACGCGCUCACGUGCUCACACACCAUGCACCGGCGCACGCGCUGGUGCUCGCGCCCCGUCCUGCAGGUAGUAACCCCUCCCCCUCCGUCCUGCCGCUUCAAACACAAUAACCUCCGCCGCCGCUGCUCCUUCCCCGGACACGCCGGCCGCCUUCCCCCGGGCUCUGCCUCGCUGCUCCGGCCACAGCAGGUGUGUUCUGAUUGGCUGCCUGGGUUUGACCUCUGACCUCUGACCAGAGUGUGUGUCCGACCUCAGCCCCGUGGCCAAGGCGAUGAGGAUGACCUGCUCUUGCUGAUGGUUUGAAGGGCGGAUGGAGAGGCGGGAUUCCUGGGAUUACACAGCAGAGUAUUUGGGGAAUACUGGGAAUUGUGCGUUUGGAAUAUUCACCCUAUAAACAGAUGCUCAUUAAGAAUGUGAAGCCUUUUAUUCCCUGAAAUACUGAAGUGAGAAAUUUUAUAUAACUGAUAAAUGUCAAACGUUCAGAUGAUUUAUUGUUUUUUAUGUUUUAUUGGACGCUAACGUUCCUGUUUGACGUCACGUCCUUCGGAUAUUUUUAUCUCUGCCCCCUCUUGGCUGGAGGAAAUGGAUCAAUCUGCACUGAAGCGAGAAUACUCGACAGGAAGUUGAUCCCUACAGGGAGAGAGGCCGAGAACAAACUGGGAAUAUGUCGUGGAAGAGGAACUACUUUGCAUCAGGCAGCAGUGGAAGUGGUGUCAGCGGAGGAGGAGGAGGAGGAGGUGGGGCUGGGACACAGGGAAUCCUGACACCUCGCACCAUGACGUCCAUCGCUCCCAGCAAAGGGCUGAGCAACGAGCCGGGACAGAACAGCUGCUUCCUGAACAGCGCUCUGCAGGUCCUCUGGCACCUCGACAUCUUCCGGCGCAGUUUCCGUCAGCUGACCACUCAUAAGUGCAUGGAGGACUCGUGCAUUUUCUGCGCUCUGAAGAGCAUCUUCGCUCAGUUCCAGUACAGCAGUGACAAAGUUUUGCCGUCCGACGCGCUCCGCAGCGCGCUUGCCAAAACCUUCCAGGACGAGCAGCGGUUUCAGCUCGGCAUCAUGGACGACGCUGCGGAGUGCUUCGAAAACAUCCUGAUGAGGAUCCACUUCCACAUCGCAGACGAGACCAAAGAAGACAUCUGCACAGCCAGACACUGCAUCCCCCACCAGAAGUUCGCCAUGAUGCUCUUUGAACAGUGUGUGUGCAGCAGCUGUGGAGCCUCCUCAGAUCCUCUGCCCUUCAUUCAGAUGGUCCACUACAUCUCCACCACCUCCCUGUGUAACCAAGCAGUGAAGAUGUUGGAGUCGAGGGAGAAGGCGACCCCGGGCAUGUUUGGGGAGCUGCUACGAAAUGCCAGCAUGGGAGACCUGCGCAACUGUCCUAGUCAGUGCGGUCAGCAGCUGCGGAUGGCUCGCGUCCUCCUCAACAGUCCGGAGAUCAUCACCAUCGGCCUGGUGUGGGACUCGGAUCACUCGGACCUGGCUGAGGAUGUCAUCCACACCCUGGGAACCUGCCUGCGCCUCGGGGAUCUGUUCUACAGGGUGACCGAGGAGAAGGCUCGGCAGUCCGAGCUCUACCUGGUCGGGAUGGUGUGCUACUACGGGAAACAUUACUCCACUUUCUUCUUCCAGACUAAGAUCCGCCGGUGGAUGUACUUUGAUGACGCACACGUCAAAGAGAUCGGGCCCAAGUGGAUCGACGUGAUUUCGCGCUGCAUUAAAGGCCACUACCAGCCGCUGCUGCUGCUGUACGCCGACCCGCGGGGGACGCCGGUGUCUGCGCAGGACCUGCCCUCACGUCUUGACCUCCACCACCUCAACAAGGCCUGUUACGACAGCGAAGACUCGGGCCGCGAGCCGUCGAUCUCCAGCGACACUCGCACCGAUUCGUCGACGGAGAGCUACUCGUACCGACAGCCCUCCCACACGCACCAUGAGUCCCUGGCCAGUCACUACUCCUCCGACUCCCAGGGAACCGUCAUCUGCAUCGACCGCCCAGACGGAGCCCUGCGUGCCUCGCUCUGCAGCCUGGAUACCGUAGGCCACACGACGGACGGUGAGCAGCAUCAGCCUCCGAGGAAGGGAGGCGUGGCCGGGGAUAGGAGGCGGAGCGCCAGCCGCCACCGGCGGUCUAAACCUGAGAACGAAGCGUCGUCGGCUGGUUACCACAGUGAGGGCGAGACGUUAAAGGAGCAGCAGGUUCCUCGUCACCUCCCCAAACCUUCGUCUUCCUUCUCAUCAUCGACCAGCCGCCUGCGAGACUUCAAGGAGACCAUGAGCAACAUCAUCCACAGCCGACCCCUCUCCUCCUCCUCCUCCACGUCUCUGCCGGCCGCCGGCUUCUCCUCUGAAAUCGCCCCUCCUCGAACGGCAGCCACGAAAGCUCAGGACUGGGAGGCCGACAGCACCAGCAGCGAGUCAAAGUCCAGCUCCUCUGGAGGAACAGGGAGGUACCGGCCGGCUUGGAGGCCCCGGAGGGAGGCGCUCAACAUCGACAGCAUCUUUAACCGCGAGAGGCGGAGACAGGCGGGGUACAGCCCCCUCGGAGCGCCCCUGCUUGAUGACUGUGGAGCUCAGGACGCCUCCUCGGCCCUGCAGGAGGUGACGCCUUUCCGCAUGGGCUCCUCCAGGACUCUCCCCGCCUCCUCCUCUAGCAGCCACAGAGGAGGUGGAGAUGGACCAGGAGGCGAGAACGAAGGAGGAGCCGCGCUGCCUCACGCAGCUCCUCCUGCCGCUCCACCAAGGUUGAUCCAGAGGAUGGAGAGCGGCUACGAGAGCAGCGAGAGGAACAGCAGCAGCCCGGUCAGCCUGGACCUGAACCCGGGAGACAGGGAGUGUGUGGUGAAGAAGCCUUCGUUGUCCUCCUCCUCAGGACCCUCGUGGAGGAACGCACGCUCGAAGAGCAGCGGCGCUUUGCUGCAGGAGCUCAGUUCAUCCAGCAGGGGGAGCCUCGCGCCCUCUGCAGGCCGCAGCGAGCUGGACGAGCUGCAGGAGGAGGUGCUGAGGAGAGCGAGGGAGGAGGAGCAGCAGCGGCGGCAGGAGAAGGAGAGGGAGGCGGCGCUCGGCUUCAACCCGAGACCCAGCAAGUACCUGGACCUGGACCAGCUGCAGAUCCAGGGUAAAUCGGACACUUACGAGCGGUGCGUGUCGGAGGCGGAGCUCCUGCUGGACCAGUCGGUGCGUCUGGAGCAGGCAGGCGAGGUCGCCGCCGCGCUGUCAGCUGUCAAUGAAGCAGUCUCCAAACUGCGGCCGGUGGCGGCUGAGGGCGGAGCUAGUAGUCACAGCCGGCUGCAGCGCUGCAUGAGGAGAGCCCGCAGCCUGCAGCAGCGCAUGCAACUGCAGCAGCAGCCGCAGGACUCAGAGGCAGGCAGAGAGAAACCGACGCAGCGGCAGGAGGAGCAGCAGCUCCAGGAACAGCACAGUGAAAAGCCUCUCUCGGGCCGAAUACUUCUGACAGAGAUGCACAGCAGCCAAUCAGCCGCCUCUCUGGACCAGCAGACGCCGCCUCCCUCCACCUGCCUCAUUAGGCCGCUCCCUCCCCAGUCAACCUUGGUGUCUGACCCCGCCCCUUCAGGUUCACCUCGGGAGGACAGGAAGACCCUCUGUAGCAUCGGCUCCCUCCCUGCUCUCUGUGUGGAUCCCCCUGUGAAAGACUUGGCUCCACCCCCUCCGCUUGAAGAGGAGGAGCUUUCAGUGCAGUGGACCAUAACAUCUCCUGCCCCAGUACCUCCAGUACAAGCCCCGCCCCCACCCCGCAGUGAAAAGCCUCUCUCGGGCCGAAUACUUCUGACAGAGAUGCACAGCAGCCAAUCAGCCGCCUCUCUGGACCAGCAGAUGCCGCCUCCCUCCACCUGCCUCAUUGGGCCGCUACCUAUCCGGUCAACCUUAGUGUCUGACCCCGCCCCUUCAGGUUCACCUCGGGAGGACAGGAAGACCCUCUGUAGCAUCGGCUCCCUCCCUGCUCUCUGUGUGGAUCCCCCUGUGAAAGACUUGGCUCCACCCCCUCCGCUUGAAGAGGAGGAGCUUUCAGUGCAGUGGACCAUAACAUCUCCUGCCCCAGUACCUCCAGUACAAGCCCCGCCCCCACCCCGGCUGCAUCCCCAAACCCCGUCACCUGUUGGGACGUUGAACCCGGAGCCGUAUUACACCCGGCAGCCUCAGGCCACACCCCCAGACUCCAGCCACAUACCGGCCCCGCCCCUGCCCCUCAUCCAACCAGGAACUGGUCAUGCUUACACCUGGACCAAGACGUCAUCGACUCUCCCAGUCCAACAAUCAGCUCGCCCUUGUACUCACCGCUAGACUCCCCCGCCAACAUACCCGUAGUGAGCCGCCA